CAGGGCGCACAAGUUGCCGAACCAAGCCACGAUGCAACCGGUCAGCAUGCUCUCUACUGUAGAUGUUCGAGAGCGUCCUCCUUGACAAACUGGCUCUCCGGAAUCUUCUCAGGAAGUAGAGGCGCUGAUGUGCUUUCUUUAUAAUUGCAUCAACGUUCUCGGACCAGGAGAGAUCUUCAGAAAUAUGCACGCCCCCUGCCCCAGCUACCUACUCUGGCAGCUCGUUUCACACACGAACCACCCUUUGUGUGAAAGAGUUACCCCUCAGAUUCCUCUUCCCCUCAGACUUUCGCCUUCACCUUAAACCCAUAUCCUUUGGUCCUGGGUAGACAAAAAUGCUGGAGAAAUCCAGCGGGUGCAGCAGCAUCUAUGGAGCGAAGGAAAUAGGCAACGUUUCUGGACAAAACCCUUCUUCAGAGGAUUGCCCAACUCUGGGCAAGAGACGGUACACAAAAAAGCUGGAGAAACUCAGCGGGUGCAGCAGCAUCUAUGGAGCGAAGGAAAUAGGCAACGUUUCGGGCCGAAACCCUUCUUCAGAACCUCCUCUCUAUCUGGGCAAGAGACCAUGUGCGUCUUCCCGGACGACUCCACUCAUGAUUGUGUCCACUUUAAUAUCCCCCAUUGAGAUUUUGAAAGAUGAAGACUCAAGGAGUGACUCUGUGCAGCCUAUAGCUGGCGACUCGGCAACAUAUGCCACAGGAGGAGGUUCGAUGCUGUGCUUUGAUUUAUUCCGGUGGGCGCUGGAAAUGUUGCAGGGUGCCUUUAAACCGGCGCGUUGUGGCUUUAAGGAGCGUGGCUGUGCGUCGGUAUCCAGCUGGUCCAGAGGAAGGAGCAGUAGCAUCAGCAGCAGCAUCAGCAUCAGCCUGAGUGCGGAGCAGCAUCAGCAUCAGCAGCAGCAUCAGCAGCAUCAGCAUCAGCAGCAGCAGCAGCUCGCAUCUAUCUCCCUGCUUCCUCCCCGGCCAUGGAGAGCCUGAUGGAGAACCCGAUGAGGGCGGUGCUGUACCUCAAAGAGUUGACCACCAUCGUGCAGAACCAGCAGACCCUCAUCCAGACCCAGAGGCACAGGAUCCGCGAGCUGGAGCUGAAGGUGGAGGAGCUAUUGGAGGAGAACCGGAGCUUGAAAGAGCAGCCGGCCAGCGGCAGCGGCAGCAGCAGCAGCGGCGGCAAUAAUAACAACGGCGGCGGCAGCAACAGCAACAGCAGUAGCAGCAGCGGCCCCCACCACCGCCACCACCGCCACCACCACCACUACCAACAGCAGCAGCAGCAGCAACAGCAGAGAGAUCUCCAGCCUCACGACCCACAGCACAAACACCCCGCCAUCAACGCCAGGGCACCGACCCCCUGCAAUCCACAAAACGAGAACGUUUUGCACCAGUUCUGUUGCCCAGCGGCCGAUGCAGACCAGCAACUCCCCUCCAGCGCUCACUCGUCCAGUAACGAAGCCAUCUCUCCCGGAGGCGACUCGGUGAACUCCGAGGCAGACGGCCCAGUGAAGAGCGCAGGUGAAUGUGAGAUGAUGGUCGUGGCGACGGAGGCUGCCGGGCCGGACAGUGCCGGCGACUCGGUGAAAUGCCCGUCGCCCGAGGCCAAGGCUUGCCGCAUGGUCCCCCUCUCCAGCGCAAUGCUGCAGAAAGCCAGCUUGCACCACACCGCCUCACCCAUGAGAAUGCAGCGUGGCAAAGGGACAGCAGCCUGCUCACACCAGCCGGCCUCCGACUACGAGUUGUCCCUGGAUCUGAAAAACAAGCAGUAUGAAUAUCAGGAAGGGAAAGACUGUGUUUAG